AUGCCCAAUCCCGCAGACCUGCCCCAGGAACUCUUUCAUCUUGUGCCGGAUCAUGCUUUGACCGCCGAGGAGCCUGAUGCCCAAAGACUCUGCAGUCUUUCGCUCCUCAGCCGCAACUGGACACUGUGGAAAUUCCUCAGAACAGUCCGCCAGAAUCCCCAUUUAGCAGCACGAGUACAGACACUCAAGAUUGGAAAUUGGGGAUUCUACCCGAAAGCUGCAGUUCAAGGCGGUGAUUUCCGGCCUGCAGCGGAUGAGGUGGAGCUGGUUCGAAGGGCUAUACACGAUGCUGGAAUUGGACAUCUGGAACAGAGGAUUAUAGAGAGUCUGGCGAAGAAGGAUCGUCGGUCUCUUAUGGCUCUUUUGCUGGCAAGCCUUCCGAAUUUGGUGACGGUCCAUGCCCAUGUUCCCAUGUCUGACCCUGUCCUGGGUGAGGUGCUGAGGCAGACACUUGAACCUAGGGGUCGUGAUGAGGUCCACCCACUCCCAGGACACGAACCACAAAUACCCGGUAUGGUCAAAAGGUACAAGGUGUAUGGCCAGGUUCUUUUCAUCUGCCCAGAGCAGAACUGGCGCCAAGGUCAACGCACAUUAUUGUUUCUUCAGUUCGAUGAAUUCGAUGGUCUUUCUUCAGUUCGGACUGAAUGUCGUCCUAUAAAUGUCUAUAGUCCAGCUCAUGAUCUUGAUGCCCCAUCGAGUGAAGGCCCUGUUGAUGACGACAUGCAUUGGAUGGCAUGGCUGGAUAGGGAUGGAUGGCUGGGGGUAUGGCAAAAGGCGACGAGUAGGGGGUGGACUGGAUGGAUUUGA